AUGUCUGCUGACAACCGUCGUCGAGACAAGCCGUCAGCGCUCAACGUGGCUGCGGCCGCCAUGACGGCCAGCGCGACUCGCUCAGCGAGCCCGAAGCCGAGCACCUCGCGGCCAAGCCAUGAGGCACCCCGCGCACCUCUGCAGCAGCAGCAGCAGCAGCAGGCAGAAACGAGCUUGAGAGUCUCCAUAUCGGAUGACCAUGGCAACAGCUUUCUGCCCUCCGGCCUAAGGAGAACGCCCACCAAGCUGGCCCGAACCGUUACCUCGAAAGAUGGAACCGCUGUACGAGACGUUAAGACGCCGGCCCGGACGUCGCCCAGCGCCCAGCAGACGCCGUCGUCUGUCGCUGCGGCCGCCUCCGCCAUUGAUCCCCUAUCACAGCAUAUCCUGAUGCGAACCAAUACCGAAAACAACUCCACUACGCCUCGUCUACGAUAUCCGGGUCGGCCGGAGAGCCCAGCCCCAGACGUUCUUGGUCACCAAAGACGCGGCUCCGACACGACGCCAAAGCAUGCCGGGGUCGCUCCGACAGAUCCGCUCCGAGACAAGAAAAAGGGCGUAUCUUUUCUCAGUCGCCUUAGCAUGCGCGGCCGGAAGAAAGACGACGACGCCGACGACCUGUCUGAGCUAGGCGAGCCAAGACUCGACGGCACCGAUGCCCACGUCUUCUCCUCUUCCAUUGGCGCCGGCGGCUAUAUCCCGCACCACAAGGAACCUCCGCGAUAUAUCAAGGUUCGCGCCCACCACAAGAAGACUCGCGAAUUCAACCGCAUGUUCCUGGCGCAAGAGCUGUCAACCGCCCCGCAGCCCGACGAUGAGACCGAACUACCGUCGUCAGCAGCGUCUGCCGCGAGUGGAAAGAAGCGCCCACAUAAGACCGGUGCUGUGUGGGCGCUGGAAUUCAGCAAGGACGGACAGUAUCUUGCAGCUGCUGGAAAAGACCAAGUUGUUCGUGUCUGGUCGGUCUUGUCGACACACGAGGAGCGUCGACAACACGAGGAGGAAGAGAAUGCCAGCGCUGCCGCCGAAGCCCGGCUUAGUGCCCCCGUCUUUCGAAGCAAGCCAAUCCGCGAGUUUACUGGCCACACCGGCGAGGUCCUGGAUCUCAGCUGGAGCAAGAACAAUUUCCUUCUUUCCUCGUCCAUGGACAAGACAGUUCGCCUGUGGCACAUGAGCCGACAGGAAUGUCUUUGUACUUUUCGUCACAAGGACUUCGUCACGUCCAUUGCUUUUCACCCCACCGAUGACCGUUUCUUCCUAGCUGGCUCUCUAGAUUCCGUCUUGCGGUUAUGGAGCAUCCCGGACAAGGCGGUCGCCUACUCCGUACAACUCCCAGAUCUCGUCACUGCUGUGGCUUUCACGCCAGAUGGCAAAACGUCCAUUGGCGGUGUGCUCAACGGCACUUGCCUUUUCUACGAUACCGAGGGCUUGAAACUCCAGACCCAGAUGCUUGUGCGAUCCUCGAGAGGUAAAAACGCCAAGGGCAGCAAGAUCACAGGCAUCAAGACCCUUGACACGCAAGUGGGCGCCGCCGAGGUUGAGACCAAAGUGCUCAUUACUUCCAACGACUCGAGGAUACGCAUCUACAAUAUGAAGGACAAGAUGAUCGAUGCCAAGCUGAAGGGGCACGAGAACCAAUGCAGUCAAAUUCAUGCCGACCUGAGUGAUGAUGCGAAAUGGGUCAUUUGCGGCAGCGAGGAUAAGAAGGCUUUCAUCUGGUCCAUGGACCCGAGUGAUCCCGAGGUCAAGGAUAAGGUACCGGUCGAGUACUUCAAUGCUCAUUCGGCGCGGGUUUCCGCAGCCAUCUUUGCACCGACGAAAACUCGCCAACGACUCGGCGCUUCGGGUGACCCCCUCUACGACCUGUGUAAUCCGCCGCCUGUGAAGCUCAUGAGCCUAGAGGAAUCUCUUGUUGCGAGCCAGACAGCCCCCGGAGAUGCAGCACAACCAACGACACAAGCGCACGGAAAGAAGCCGCGAGAGUCGGCUGCCUAUGUUGAGAAGUCAAAGCAUUACGACGGCAACAUCAUAGUCACGGCAGACCAGUCGGGAUCUGUCAAGGUUUUCCGCCAGGACUGUGCCUUCGCAAAGCGGCGCCAUGAGAACUGGGACACGGGCUCCAGCUUUUCGCGCAAAAUGGUAGGCACAAGUGGCAUGGUCGGUCGCAGCGGCAGCAUCAUCACACGAACAAGUGCCAGCAGUCAUCCUCAGUCAAGGCGAGCGUCUCUGACGCAGCCUGCACAUCCCACCAACCUAGGUCCUGGAGUCCAGAUGAAUUCUGAUCGUAUCAACUCGUGGCGGCAAGGCAUCUCGGCCGACAGUGCUCGGAACAGUCUGGUCGGUGCCGCAUCCAUGCACAGCGAGCGUUCUGCAUCCCCGAGUAAACUUGUCAAAGCAACACAUGCCAGCCCGCUCAUUGCGAGGCCCAUCACCACAGCUCCCGAGUCGCGCAAGAAGACCUCUGCUGACCCACAACCUCUGUCGCGGGGGCCUCAUCCGACCAGCCCUUCAUCGAGCGCUGCCAAUAGCCCGCGCAUGGCCAAGAGACUCGAACGUGAAGAGACCCAAAUGCAGCCACCAACACCGAGCUUUUUCAUUCAGCGGGCCGAGGAUGAUGGGACAGUAGCCCAGCCAGGCUCGCCGGCAAGCACGUACUCAUUUUGGAACCUGGGUCGAUGGCGAGGGACAUCGGCAUCGUCUCGCCAUUCCACUGGCUCGGCCAACAUAUCAACCAACCACGCCAUGACACCAAGAAGUGUGUCCGGAACCUCAACAAUCGGGCCUUCCAAGGACAGCGAAACGUUUAAAAGGUCCAAAAGCGCUGCUUCAGGCCCUCUGCCGGACUCAACAGCCACUGCCGAGGCUCUGGACUCAACACUGCAGUCGCCAAUCACGGAUCAGGACGAGACGUUUGAUAUCGACCUAGCCACCACUGGCGCCUCACAUGUACUGAACGGAACGGCGGAUCAGCGUGACUCAUUCGUCAGCCAGCUCAGCUCUGACUACAGCAGUGAAGCGGUAGCUGAUACAUUGACAUGUCACAAGUGCGGCAACAAGGACUUCAAAAUUAGAUGGCUGGCAGGAAAGUCGCGCAUGCUCUGUAGCAAGUGUGGGCUCAUCGCUGAGCAAGGUGCCGUCGAGGCAUGA